UGGCGAGGCAGAGCGAGCGAGCGAGCGGCUGGUACCCACACACACAGAGCGGACGAUGACCCUGAACAGGCCGGAGCGGAGCCGGGGGCUGGACAAGCGGCGGGGCAGCAUCCCGCUGCACGUCCAGCAGCUGCACCGCCGGAGUAUGCCGGUGGACGAGCGGGAGCUGCAGGCGGGCAGUGCCUGCCCGCUGUCGCGCUGCCCCGGGCAGAGCCACCCCGCCGCCUGCACCCCCGGCUCCUCGGACUCGGUCACCUCCAGCGGCAGCGAGUCCGCCGGCGUCUACAAGGUGAUUCUGCUCGGGGGCCACGGCGUCGGCAAGUCCAGCCUGGCGCGGAUAUUCGGAGGCGUGGAGGAGGGGGAGCCUCAGGAGGCGGAGGGGAGAGGAGACGCAUUCGACAGAUCGAUCAUGGUGGAUGGAGAGGAAGCCAAUCUCCUUGUCUUUGAUAUCUGGGACCAGGACGACACCAACUGGAUCCGCGAUCACUGCAUGAAGCUAGGAGAUGCCUACAUCAUCGUGUACUCGGUGACCGACAGGGUCAGCUUCGAGAAGGCUUCCGAGCUGAGGAUCCAGCUGAGGAGAGUGAGGCAAGCCGAGGACAUUCCCAUCAUCCUGGUUGGGAACAAGACCGACUUGGUGCGGACCAGAGAGGUGUCAGUGGACGAGGGCCGGUCCUGCGCUGUCGUUUUCAACUGCAAGUUCAUCGAAACGUCAGCCGCGCUGCACCACAAUGUGCGGGACCUGUUUGAGGGCAUCAUCCGCCAGAUCCGCCUGCGCAGAGACAGCAAGGAGGACAACGAGAGGCGGCUGGCAAACUCCAAGAGGCGGGAGAGUGUGGGGCAGAAGGCCAAGCGGUUCCUGGGCCGGAUUGUGGCCAGAAACAACAAGAAGAUGGCCUUCAAGCAGAAGUCCAAGUCCUGCCACGACCUGUCUGUCCUCUGACGUGGGACUGAGAUGGAUCGCGCGGCUGAUCGCAGCCAUCAGCAGACCUGUGUGUGUCCUCGAGUGGGGGGUUGAAGGGGAUGUCAUUGCUCAGAGUUCACUGGGAACCAACUAUGCAAAAUGGAUCUGAAACGUUGCCCAAGAUGCAAGGUGCUGCAGUCCGUCCCGACCUCAGAAGCUGUGAUUCCAACCCUACCCCGGAAUCUUGGAGCACAGCCUCGGAAUUCCUACCUCUUCCAUAUUGAACAUGGCACCUCCCUCCCCCACUCUCCACACAAGAGCUUGUCCCUGAUGGUACUGUGACAUCCUCUGACAGUGCUCUCUGCUGCUGCCACCCUAUCGCUGAGAGUUGGGGGCCGUGCAGCAGGGAGGGGGCGGUGACCUGGUGGGGUGGCUCUGCCAGCUGUAGCCAGGCUCGAUGGAUUUUCCGGUGGAGAGUCACCAGUACAUUUCCUCCUUGUUGAAGGUAAAAGGGUGCAUUACUCCGAGAUUAUUAAUGUGAAGGCUGUGGGGUGGGAUGUCUCCGUGUGGUCUCUGCUGCACAAUAGCUGGGUUUUACUCUGGCUGGUGGGUACAAGGCUAACGUGAUAUUUGAUGAAAGUUGUUUCCCGUGGUAGGGGAGUCCCGUACAAGAGGGCACGACUUCAGGAUUGAAGGGCGCCCAUUCAGAACAGAGAUGCGGAGAAAUUUUUUUAGCCAGAGCGUGGUGAAUCUGUGGAAUUUGUUGCCACGGGCGGCUGUGGAGGCAAAGUCAUUGGGUGUAUUUAAGGCAGAGAUUGAUAGGUAUCUGAGUAGCCAGGGCAUCAAAGGUUAUGGUGAGAAGGUGGGGGAGUGGGGCUAAAUGGGAGAAUGGAUCAGCUCAUGAUAGAAUGGUGGAGCACACUCGAUGGGCUGAAUGGCUGACUUCUGCUCCUUGGUCUUAUGAUGAAGGGAAGGGAUUGCUCUGGUACAGACCCAAGUUUGGCCUGGCAACUGAACACACAUUACACUGGGUGCAACAGGGACACAAGAGACUGCAGAUGCUGGAACAACUCCCAACUCCACCCACCCUCCCCUCCCCUCCCCUGCUGGUCACCUUACACCACCAAUCACCUUGGGCCCCCGUCUCACCCCUCCCCCUCUCCUCUCUAUACUGGCCAUCUCCCCUCUCAGUCCUGAGGCAGGGUCUCAACCUGAAACGUUGACAAUUCCUUCCCCCGCCACAGAUGCUGCUCAACCCGCUGAGUUCCUCCAGCGGAUUGUGUGUUGCAUUGGGUACACCAGGCCGGACACAUUGGUCAGGAUAGCCAUUGGAUCAUCCGUGACCUCGAUGGUGGAGCAGCAGAGUGGCCUGCUCCUGUCCCGAGCCAAACAGCCAGGGGCUUCAGGGCGGGUGGUGGAGGUGAGGAGCUCCACUCGGGGAGAGUUGGCACUGAGGCACAGACUGAGUGGGUGUUCAGGAAGUGGGGGGGGGGGUGGGGUCCAGUGGUGGAGGAGCUGUCUCCUGUAGUCUGGUGAGGGAGCCACACUCUGCCCCAGUGCUGGGCAGAGGAACCCCAGUUACAAAGCCUCCCAUCCAGUCCUGAAUCCAAUGGACAAUCUGAAGGUAAAUCAGAGCAGACUUAAUGGGCCGAAUGUCCGACUUCUGCUCUAAAUGGACUUUGCUCUAAAGCCAACCCUCUGCCCUACUCCAUGGACGAGAGAGCCCAGAGGAGGCACUCGGAGGGUCCUCUCCCUCUGCCCAUCUAAACAGUCCAACAGCACAAGCCGGAGGAGGUGGGAAUGUCAGGAAAGAAUCCACGGUGGGAAUUUCUGGAAGGAAUCCAUGUGUGAAGCUGGGGAAUCUGAUCCGGGGUCUGGAUUCUAUUCCCUUGUAAGGGAUGAGUCAAUAACUGGGAUUGGGGCAGUGGGCGGGUGGUGGGGGGGGGGAGAGGAAGUGUGGGGCGAUGGGAGCAGGGGUUACACAAUGAAGGGGGGCAGUUAAACAACACCAGCCCCUGAUCUAAUGAAGUGGGGAGAUACUACCUGAACUGUGAGCAACAGAGCAUCAAGUUUAUUGAAGUUAGACAGAAGAAAUGGAAACCAAAGAGAGGUCACACAUGUCUGUCAACUUGUGAAGUGCGCAGGCUCGUACAUCACUGAGGACAUUUGGUCAUGUAAUGAUCAAAGAACAGUUGGGCAGCUGAUGAGAAACAAAGUAAUAACUGAGCAAUAAGACAUUAUCACUGCGGUUCACAGCUAGGUCCACUCUGGUUCAUUUCUGUUUAAUAUUGCUGUAUUCAAAUGAUUUCCUAACUGUUUACAUAUAAAUUUUUGUAUUUAAAAUAAAAUUUAUUAAGCAUU